AUGAAUGAAGAUUCUUUCUGUCACAUAAAGCCAGACAACGAUGUUGCGAAGUUAAUAAAAAAGACUACAUCGAUUACAUGGGAUGAGGCACUAAUGGUUCAUAGGAAUGCAUUUGAAGCAUUGGAUAGAAGUAUGAAUGAUAUUUUUAAUAGUCGAGGCAUAAGUGACUCACAAAUGCUUUUUGGUGGCAAGGUAGUUGGUUUUGGAGGAGAUUUCAGACAAAUUCUGCCGGUUAUUCCCAACGCAUGUAGACAAGACAUUGUUAAUGCGUCUUUAAGUUCAUCUUCCAUUUGGGAAAGAUGCAAAGUCUUGAUGUUAACUAAGAACAUGAGGUUAACUAUUGAUAGUGAAACUUCUGAAAUUGAACAGACAAGGGUUUUUUACUUUGGAAAAGGCAAGGUUGGUGGUGUGAAUGAUGGUGAGGCAGUUGUUGAUAUACCUCAUGAUCUUCUCAUUACCGAUUCAAUGGAUCCUAUAUUCGUAUUAAUUGAAUAUGUAUAUCCUUCAAUUCUUGUAAAUAUCAAGAAUUCAUCUUAUUUUCAAGAAAGAGCAAUUCUUGCACCAAAACAUGAAGUCAUUCAAGAAAUAAAUGACCGUUUGCUAGCAUUGUUCCCAGGAGACAAAAAGGAGCACCUAAGUUCAGAUAGUCUAUCUGAAUCAGAGCAACUUCACAACCAGUUUGAUAAAACUUUGCAAUCACCUGAUGUCUUAAAUGGUCUUAAAUUAUCAAGUUUGCCAAACCAUUAG